CAGAUCAGCAGGGACAUGGGACGGUUACGCCUGGCUGGCUGGCAGUCAUUACAGGCUGCCCAGAAGCCUCACAGCUCGACGACACCCCAUUCCUGCAGAUGCGCAUUCAACCGAUACCCACGCGGUAUUUUCCACGAUGUCCUCGGCCCAUGCAGCAUCUCUACAUCGUGAGCGUUGUCCCCCUGCAAACAAACCUACAAGCUGGGCUGGAUGAGCUACAUGCCAGGCUGCAGCGGCUCCAGGUGAGGGGCGCGAUUGUUCCUCAAAGUCCCAGCUGGGGGAAUGUUCGUGACGCAAGGAUCGCAGAGGCUGUCUGGUCGUGCUGGAGAGGCCCCGCCUUGUACGUCUGGCCUUCUUUGGUACCCCAACCUAACCUAUAAGUGGCGCAUCUGUGUGGCCUUCUCCAACAACGUGCGCUAUUUUGAGGUUACGGCGCCCUCAGGUGGGGAGGUUGCUUUUCCCGGCAGAUGCGCAGUGGACUGACCGAUCAUCUUUCUGUCCAUGUCGGGUUGCCUUGCUCCUGCGAUCACAGUCACAAUCAGGCCAGUAGACAGAAACAUGGGAUCAUUUAGUAAGCGAUGCUUGAAAAGGGUGGCGGGCUGGUGUGUUGUUCCACCUGUGAUUGGACUGGGAUGCGGGCACUGGUCCGGACGCAGUCUCAAGGGCAGACAAUAAUGAUGACGAUGAGAUCGAACGCUGAG